AUGAUGUCCAUUCUUUUUGAAGAUUUGGUAGAGGAGAUACUCUCAAGGGUUCCGGCUUCAUCUCUAAAACGAUUACGACCUACUUGUCAACGAUUGAAUGCAUUAUUCAAUGAUCAUAGAUUCACCAAGAAACACUUUCAAAAGGCACCAAAGGAGUUUCUUGUUCUCAUGUGGGUGAGGUUUGAAGUUUAUUUAGCUAGUAUCGAUCUUAGGGGAAUUCAGAACAACUUUGAUCCAUCUAUAGAGGUUAAAGGUGAAUUUGGCCUACUUGGCCCCUAUCUAAUAUCUCACUGCAACGGAUUAUUGCUAUGCCGCGAGGGGACAAUGGAAUACGGUAGAAGACUCAAGGUUUAUAACCCGUGUACGGGGCAAAACAGGUCAAUCGACCUCGGAACUGAUAACAGACAAUUCAAAUGGUUUUUUUUUGGAUACCAAAACAACAAAUCAUCUAGUGCCAGCUACAAAAUUUUGUCGUUUGAUUGUCGUGCUGACAACUUUGUUCUUGAGUUUCAAAUCUAUGAGUUUAGCUCUAAUUCAUGGAGGGUUCAUGAUGUUGUCAAUCAUGAUGAUUGGCGCUUAGCAUGUGGUCAUCGUGGCGUAUCUUUGAAGGGAAAUACAUAUUGGAUUGCUUCAGAUACAAGAAACACAUAUCAUGGCUUUUGUCGAGAUAUCUUUUUGCUAAAAUUUGAUUUUACAGAAGAGAGAUUUCAACGUUUGUGUCUGCCGUUAAAUUGUAAUGCUGAUGUCUUGGAAACUGUGGUGCUGUCUACUGUAAGAGAAGAGAAAUUUGCUUUGUUAGUUCAGAGAUUUGGUGAAUCAACGAUGGAGAUAUGGUUAACCAAAAAGAUUGAUGAGCCAAAGGACGUGUCUUGGAGAAAAUUGUUUAAAGUGGAUUUGGAUUGUAACAAUAUGUUUAACAAUUCCACGAGUUUCAUGGUGGAUGAAGAGAAUAAAGCAGCAGUGUGUUGUAACAGAGAAUGCAGAGUAGAUGAAGAUGGUUACAGGAACAUAAUUUACAUUGUUGGAGAGGAUAAAUUCAGACAAGUUGAUCUUCUUGGAGACUCUGCAACCCAUCCAAUUCGUUGGUUGCCUGAGCCUUUUUUCUUAAGUUAUGUUCCAAGUUUGGUCCAAAUCUAA